AAGAAAAAGAGGAGCUAAAGCACUUUCAUUGGUCCCAUACCAUGUCUCUUCUGUAGCCCCAUGAUUUGAUCUCCAUCUUUCUCCCACUGCAAUUUUGUUCUCUUGCACCCCCUCAAUAAUAUCUUUCCUUCUCCAUUGCCCAAAAAACAAAAUUCACAAGAACCCAAUUAUCAGCCUUAAUCAAUGUCAAGUGACAAAGGAAAAGAAUUAGGAGAAGGAUCAUCGUCGCGAUCUGCUCCUGCUGAUCAACAGCAACCAGCUCAACUGAGCCGGUAUGAGUCACAGAAGCGUCGCGAUUGGAACACUUUUGGUCAGUACUUGAAGAAUCAGAGGCCUCCUGUGCCCAUGUCUCACUGCAACUAUAACCAUGUACUUGAUUUCCUUCGUUACCUCGAUCAGUUUGGGAAGACUAAAGUGCACUUACAAGGGUGUGUGUUCUUUGGGCAGCCCGAGCCACCGGGGCCUUGUACUUGCCCGCUUAGGCAAGCUUGGGGCAGCCUUGAUGCGCUAAUCGGGAGGCUUAGGGCAGCAUAUGAAGAGAACGGUGGGUUACCGGAGACUAAUCCUUUCGCUAGUGGAGCUAUACGCGUUUAUUUACGCGAGGUUAGGGAUUCACAAGCAAAGGCACGGGGCAUACCAUACAAGAAGAAGAAGAAGAAGAGGAGUCAAGUGAAGGCCAACGAUGAAGCCUCAAGCUUCCCUAUGCAGUCAUCUUGAUUGCUUUUGGAUUCGCAACAGAAAUGGUCGAUAUAUAUAUAUGAUUUUCAGCUCUUCCCAUGCUUCAGUGCAUUCAUGCUGGAUGUUUCUAUCAGUAAUCGAUGCCUGGAUCAAAUCCUUAUCUUUUCUAUUUUUUUCUCUAAAUAUAUAGCUUAAAUGCUAUAUAUAUAUGCUAAUUGUAUAAAUGACGAUUAAUGCUUGAAGUUGAUGAAGCUGGAACCAAGAGUUGAAGUGAGUAAGCUCUUUUCUUUUAUUGUCUCUUUCAAUACAAUCAUAUUUAUCACCA